UUUUUAUACAAUCCUGUACAACUUAGUAAAUAAGACACGUCACAUUCUAUCUAUUCAUAUUGAAACUGGUCGAUGGUCAUUGAACCAAAUUGGUGAUAAUUUAUUACGUAAUCUGGCAUUUUCAGUCGAAUUAAAUGCACCUGUUUGUGACUGUUCGCUUGGUGGCAUAUGUGUGUUAAAUUGGGAAAGCUCUCAAUGGGAUUUAUUCUUACCAAUUCCAAAUUUCAAUAAUUUUAUGGAUUGGACAUUUUCAGCUGACACACAAAUCAUGUAUUUUAUUCGAAAACAAAAUAUCAUUGUAAUUGAUCUAUCGAAUAAGUUUUCAUUUCAAUAUCGUGUUUUACCAUUAAUUGAACAAACUGGAUAUAUUAAUGGUAUUGACAAAACAGUAGUGUUAGAUAUGAAGUGA